AUUUUGCAAGCGGGAGGGGCCGUGCGUGCUCUUGCCUCCGGCUUCCCCCCCCCCACCCUUUCCCUGGUCCUGGUGUCUCCUUCGGAAAGAUGUCGGACACGGCGGUAGCUGACACUCGGCGCCUUAACUCGAAGCCUCAGGAUCUAACUGACGCUUACGGGCCUCCAAGUAACUUCCUGGAGAUAGACAUCUUUAAUCCACAGACGGUGGGCGUGGGCCGCGCGCGCUUCACCACCUAUGAGGUUCGCAUGCGGACAAACCUACCUAUCUUCAAGCUGAAGGAAUCAUGUGUACGGCGGCGCUACAGUGACUUUGAGUGGCUGAAAAAUGAGCUGGAGCGAGAUAGUAAGAUUGUAGUACCACCACUGCCUGGAAAAGCCUUGAAGCGGCAGCUCCCUUUCCGAGGAGAUGAAGGGAUCUUUGAGGAGUCUUUCAUUGAAGAAAGGAGGCAGGGCCUCGAACAGUUUAUUAACAAAAUUGCUGGGCAUCCACUGGCUCAGAAUGAACGCUGCCUACACAUGUUCCUGCAGGAGGAGGCAAUUGACAGGAACUACGUCCCUGGGAAGGGUCUUAUGAUGUAGCCCUGGUUAACCUGGAACAUACUAUGUAUAUCAAGCUGGCUUUAAAUUUGUGACAAUCCUCCUGCCUCUGCCUUCUGAUUGCUGAAAUUACAGAUGUACACCACCAUGCCUGGUUUGCCUUUUAUACUGCUUCUUGAAUAUUGUUUUAUGUUCUCUGAGCACUUAGGCAUCUGGAUUUUAUUUCUCCCUCUACCCAAAUUCCAAGUUUUUACUUCUCUGUCAUAAGAGUACAGUGCCCCUGCCCAUAGACUUGUCAAGCAAUAUCCUAGCCUUACUGCUUCUUGACCAUCAUGGGUGUUCUUCCUCCUCCUUUCAUUCUCCUUUUUCUUCCUUUUUUUGAGACAGGGUCUCUCUGUGGCGUGUGGGUUGGCUUUGAACUUAUGGUCCUCUUGCCUCUGCUUCCUGAGUGCUGGAAUUACA